CAUGCACAGCCAUCCAGCAAAGAAGUCUGCACUGAAGCUUGCAACAAACCCUCCUGCUCACCUGGUGUGCUCCAAGUAAAGGGUCAUCAUGAGUGGGGACCCGGAAAUGGAGUGUUUCGGCCCGGCGGCCGUUUACCUCCGCAAGCCAGAAAAAGAACGACUCGAGGCUCAAAACACCCCCUUUGAUGCUAAAACCGCCUAUUUUGUGACUGAACCCAAGGAGAUGUACCUUAAAGGGAAGCUGGUUAAGAGAGAGGGCGGCAAAGCCUCCGUGGACACUCUGUGUGGGAAGUCUAUCACCGUGAAAGACGAUGAAAUCUUCCCCAUGAACCCUCCGAAGUUCGAUAAGAUCGAGGACAUGGCCAUGAUGACCCACCUCAGUGAGCCUGCUGUGCUGUAUAACCUCAAAGAGCGCUAUGCAGCCUGGAUGAUCUACACCUACUCGGGGCUGUUCUGCGUCACCGUGAACCCCUACAAGUGGCUCCCGGUGUACGAUGCAGCAGUGGUUGCAGGAUACAGGGGCAAGAAGAGGAUUGAAGCUCCACCCCACAUCUUCUCCAUCUCUGAUAACGCCUAUCAGUUCAUGCUCCAAGAUAGAGAAAACCAGUCAAUCCUGAUUACCGGAGAAUCCGGUGCAGGAAAGACUGUCAACACCAAACGUGUCAUCCAGUACUUUGCGACAAUCGCAGUGGCUGGAGGCAAGAAAGCUGAGCCGACUCCUGGUAAAAUGCAGGGGUCGCUGGAGGAUCAGAUCAUUGCGGCAAACCCCCUGUUGGAAGCUUAUGGUAACGCCAAGACUGUGAGGAACGACAACUCUUCACGUUUUGGAAAAUUCAUUAGGAUUCACUUUGGGUCAACUGGAAAGCUGGCUUCAGCUGAUAUUGAAACAUAUCUGCUGGAGAAGUCUCGAGUGACGUUCCAGCUGUCUGCUGAGAGGAGCUACCACAUCUUCUAUCAGCUCAUGACAGGCCACAAACCUGAGCUCAUAGAGGCUCUUCUCAUCACCACCAACCCUUUUGACUAUCACAUGGUCAGUCAGGGUGAAAUCACUGUCAAGAGUAUCAAUGACGUUGAAGAAUUCAUCGCUACUGAUACAGCCAUUGACAUCCUGGGCUUCACUGCAGAAGAGAAAGCGAGCAUGUACAAGCUGACCGGUGCUGUGAUGCAUCACGGAAACAUGAAGUUCAAGCAGAAGCAGCGAGAGGAGCAGGCUGAGCCCGAUGGCACUGAGGUGGCAGAUAAAAUCGCCUACCUCAUGGGCCUGAACUCUGCUGAUCUGCUAAAAGCACUGUGCUACCCAAGAGUUAAGGUUGGGAAUGAGUUUGUGACCAAAGGCCAAACUGUUCCUCAGGUGAACAAUGCCGUCAUGGCUCUCUGCAAGUCUGUCUAUGAGAAGAUGUUCUUGUGGAUGGUCGUCAGAAUCAAUGAGAUGCUGGACACCAAACAGCCGAGGCAGUUCUUCAUCGGUGUGCUCGACAUUGCUGGCUUUGAGAUCUUUGAUUUCAACAGCUUGGAGCAGCUGUGCAUCAACUUCACCAAUGAAAAGCUGCAACAGUUUUUCAACCAUCACAUGUUUGUCCUGGAGCAAGAAGAGUACAAGAAAGAGGGCAUUGAAUGGGAGUUCAUUGACUUUGGCAUGGACUUGGCUGCCUGCAUUGAGCUUAUUGAGAAGCCAAUGGGCAUCUUCUCCAUCCUUGAAGAGGAGUGCAUGUUCCCCAAGGCGACAGACAUGACCUUCAAGAACAAGCUGUACGACCAGCAUCUUGGAAAAAGUGCUCCCUUCCAGAAGCCAAAGCCGGCCAAAGGCAAAGCCGAGGCCCAUUUCUCUCUGGUGCACUAUGCCGGCACUGUCGACUACAACGUUGUUGGAUGGCUGGACAAGAACAAGGACCCCCUGAAUGACUCUGUGGUGCAGCUCUACCAGAAGUCUUCAGCGAAGCUGCUGGCAUUCCUAUAUGCAUCUCACGCCUCAGCAGAAGCUGAAGGAGGCAGCAAGAAAGGUGGCAAGAAGAAAGGUGGGUCUUUCCAGACUGUAUCGGCGCUGUUCAGGGAGAAUUUGGGCAAACUGAUGACCAACUUGAGGAGCACUCAUCCUCAUUUUGUACGUUGUCUGAUUCCAAAUGAAUCGAAGACUCCUGGUCUCAUGGAGAACUUCCUGGUCAUCCACCAACUGAGGUGUAACGGUGUGCUGGAGGGCAUCAGGAUCUGCAGGAAGGGUUUCCCCAGCAGAAUCCUCUACGGUGACUUCAAGCAGAGAUACAAAGUAUUGAAUGCCAGCGUCAUCCCUGAGGGACAAUUCAUUGACAACAAAAAGGCUUCAGAGAAGCUCUUGGGCUCUAUUAACGUUGACCACACUCAGUACAAAUUCGGACACACAAAGGUGUUCUUCAAAGCUGGUCUGCUGGGUACCCUGGAGGAGAUGCGAGAUGAAAAACUUGCCAUCCUGGUCACGAUGACUCAGGCCCUUUGCAGGGGUUUCCUCAUGAGGAGAGAGUUUGUCAAGAUGAUGGAGCGCAGGGAGGCGAUUUUCUCCAUCCAGUACAACAUCCGCGCAUUCAUGAAUGUCAAAACCUGGCCAUGGAUGAAGCUGUACUUCAAGAUCAAGAAAAAGCUUGCCCAGCGUCUUCAGGAUGCAGAGGAGUCCAUCGAGGCCGUGAAUGCAAAAUGUGCCUCUCUGGAAAAGACUAAGCAGAGACUGCAGGGUGAGGUGGAGGACCUGAUGAUCGAUGUGGAGAGAGCUAAUGCUCUGGCUGCUAACCUGGACAAGAAGCAAAGGAACUUUGACAAAGUUCUUGCAGAGUGGAAGCAGAAGUAUGAGGAAAGUCAGGCUGAGCUGGAGGGAGCUCAGAAGGAAGCUCGUUCUCUCAGCACCGAGAUGUUCAAAAUGAAAAAUUCAUAUGAAGAAGCUCUGGACCACCUGGAGACCCUGAAGAGGGAGAACAAGAACCUGCAACAGGAGAUCUCAGAUCUAACUGAGCAGAUUGGUGAGACUGGAAAAACCAUCCAUGAACUGGAGAAGUCGAAAAAGACGGUCGAGACAGAGAAGUCUGAACUCCAGACUUCUCUUGAGGAGGCAGAGCUCCACAGGAAGGACUUUGAAACAAGCCAGCUUCUUAGCAAAAUUGAGGAUGAGCAAUCACUUUGUGCUCAGCUUCAGAAAAAGAUCAAAGAACUUCAGGCUCGUAUUGAGGAGCUGGAGGAGGAGAUCGAAGCUGAGCGAGCUGCUCGGGCCAAGGUGGAGAAGCAGAGGUCUGAUCUCUCCAGGGAACUCGAGGAGAUCAGUGAGCGGCUGGAAGAAGCUGGUGGAGCAACGGCCGUUCAGAUCGAGAUGAACAAGAAGCGCGAGGCCGAGUUUCAGAAGCUGCGUCGUGAUCUCGAAGAGUCCACCCUGCAGCACGAAGCCACGGCCGCAACUCUGCGCAAGAAGCAGGCUGACAGCGUGGCAGAGCUGGGAGAACAGAUUGAUAACCUCCAGAGAGUCAAACAGAAGCUGGAGAAAGAGAAAAGCGAAUACAAGAUGGAGAUCGAUGACCUCAGCAGCAACAUGGAGGCUAUCGCUAAAGCCAAGGCAAAUCUGGAGAAAAUGUGUCGCUCUCUUGAGGAUCAACUGAGCGAGAUGAAAACCAAAAAUGAUGAACAUGUGCGACAACUGAAUGACAUUGGAGUACAAAAAGCAAGACUGCAAACAGAGAAUGGGGAAUUUAGUCGCCAGCUGGAGGAGAAAGAAGCCCUGGUCUCUCAGCUGACGAGGAGCAAGCAGGCUUACACUCAGCAGACUGAGGAGCUCAAGAGGCACAUUGAAGAGGAGGUUAAAGCCAAGAACGCCCUGGCUCAUGCUGUCCAGUCGUCCCGUCACGACUGCGACCUGCUCAGAGAGCAGUAUGAGGAGGAGCAGGAGGCCAAAGCUGAGCUGCAGCGUUCAAUGUCCAAGGCUAACAGCGAGGUGGCUCAGUGGAGAAGCAAAUAUGAGACUGAUGCUAUUCAGCGCACUGAGGACGUCAAGGUUCGUGAACUGGAGGCUGAAGUUGAUGCAGAACAGAGACGAGGCGCUGAGGCCAUCAAGGGAGUGCGAAAAUAUGAGAGAAGAGUGAAGGAGCUCACUUAUCAGACUGAGGAGGACAAGAAGAACAUUACGAGACUCCAGGAUCUGGUGGACAAACUGCAGCUCAAAGUGAAAUCCUACAAGCGACAGGCAGAGGAGGCUGAGGAGCAGGCCAACACUCACCUGUCCAGGUACAGGAAGGUGCAGCAUGAAAUGGAGGAGGCUCAGGAGCGCGCCGACAUCGCCGAGUCCCAGGUCAACAAGCUGAGGGCAAAGAGUCGGGAAAUUGUCAAGACGAAGGACGAGGAGUAAUGAAGACGUCACAGUGAUACGGUAACAAGAAGUCAUACAAUAUGAACAUCCUGUUGCUGCUUCACUUCAGCAUGUUAAACGUGCUGUAACCUAAAGUCAAUAAAAAGUAGAUACGUUGCUGCA